CCGACCUGCAGACAGCCCUGCUCCGGCUGGAGGAGGCCGACAGCAGGUGUGUGACCCUGUCAGAGGUGAACGACAUGCUGCGGGAGCAGCUGGACGCGGCGCAGGAGGCGAACGACGCGCUGACCGGUCAGGUCGAGAAGCUCUCGGACGACUGGCAGCGGCUCUCCGCCGACCUGCAGGCCAAGGAAGCCGCCUGGAGGGAGGAGGAGCAGACCUACAGCAAGUACUACAGCGCCGAGCACGCCCGCACGCUGCGCCUGUGGCAGACGGUGGUGGCGUUCCGGCGCGACUUUGGCGACCUGCGGCUGGCCACGGAGCGCGACCUGAGCCGAGCGGCAGCUGCUGCGGCGAGUAUCAGUGUGCUGGAGAAGAUGCAGGAGAUGCAAAAGCAAGAGAUGACUUUCCGCUCCAAGACGCGAGAGCUGGAGAGCAAGCUGAAGGAGCUCAACAGCCAAAUCACCACUGGCCGGGAAGAAAACAGGGAGAAAGAGAGGGAGAUCACAUCCCUCAAGAAAAUCAUCCACAACCUGGAGUCGAGCUCGGCCGAGCAGCAACGCCGCCUGGAGGCGCACGAGCAGCUGCUGCAGGACGGCGAGGUGCUGGCGCGGGCCGUCCGCGAGGUAGCGCAGCUAGCGGCGGCACAGGCCGAGCCGUCCGAGCAGCAGCAGCAGCCCACCGUCGCGGCCGUGCAGGCGGUGCUGAACAGGCAGCAGCUGCGUAACCACGAGCUCCAGGUGAAGCUGAAAAGCUCGGCGGAGCAGCUGGCGCAGGCUAGGCCGCCGCUGCGCCGAGGUGAGACCCUCAACAGCGAGGCCGACAGUGCUCAGGCCAGUGUCCAGGAGCUGCGGAAGCAGAAGGACGCUCUGGAGGACGAACAGCACCACCUCAGCUCCGAAGUGGAGAGACUGAAGUCUGCACUAGAGGACUGCCAGCGUCUGCUGGAGGACAAGACGGCCAGGUCGGCAGAGCUCCGGGAGACGCUCGUGGCCCUGAAGGAGGAGCUCAACAGCACGCGGCUGGAGCGUGACGUGCUGGCGCAGGAGAAGGCCGAACUGGACGACAUACUCGGGAAGACGGAGCUUGACAAGGGAGACCUGGAGGCUCAAGUGACCCGUCUGGAGGCGGACGAGGCCGCCCUUCGUGACGCCCUGCUGAAGAUCCAGAACCUGAACGAGGGCCUGGGCGUGGACAAGAUGGACCUGAGUCAGAUGGUGGAGCAGAUGGCAGCGGAGGCGGCGGCGCUACGCUCGGAGCGCGCCUCGCUGGACGCCGAGCUGGCCGCGCUGAAGGAGGCGCUGCUGCGGGCGGAGCAGGGACGCACGCUGGCGGAGGCCGAGCGACUGUCGCUGCAGGACAGUCUGACGCAGAGCGAGCAGCAGCGGGACAAGCUGGAUGACCAGGUGUCUGAGCUGCUGGCGGACCAGUCGGAGCUGGAGAGCCGGCUGGCGGCGCUGGAGCGGCAGCGUGCCGCCCAGCAGGAGGAGCUGUCGCGCACCAGACUCGACUACGAGCGCGCCAAGGCCGAGAUGAACCGGACGGCCAGCGAGCGCGAGACGCUGGCGCGUGCUUCCGGUGAACUGCAGGCGCGCCACGCGGCCCUGCAGAAGGAGCAAGCCAGUCUGCGCGAGGUGCUGGCCGCCGUGAGGGCUGAGAGUCAGCACGCUGAGAUGCAACUUUACGAGAAGAGCUGCGCUCUGGAGGCGGCCGAGACGGCGCGCCGGCAGCUGGAGAAGGACAACAAACAGCUGACCCUGCGGCGGGAGGAGGUGCAGAACCAGCUGAACCUCGCCCGGCGGGACAUGGACCAGGAGGGCGGGCAGCUGCGUGAGAAGUGUGACGAGCUGCAGCGCAGGCUGGAGGAGGUGCGCACCGAGCAGGCCCGUCUGCUCUCCAGUCAGCAGCACCAGCACGAUGAGGAGGCGGCCCGGCUCACGCGCGAGAAGGAGGAGGCGGUGCGUGCGCUGGAGUCGCAGCUCCAGAAGUCGGCUCAUGCCUGGAGCCGCGAGCAGGAUGACCUGCUCGGCCAGAAGAAGCAGCAGGUGCAGGCGCUGCAGCGCGAGCUGGCGCAGCAGGCGCGCGCCGGCGAGGCGCAGCUGCUGGCCGUCGAGGAGAGCAAGCAGCAGGCGCUGACGCUCGCGCAGCAGGAGCAGCAGGCGGUCAAGGUCAAGCUCAAGGUCACAGAGGAGCACCGCGACAGGCUGGAGCGUGACCUCACCGAACUCAACCGCAAGCUCAGCGAAGCGGAGACCCAGAACGCUGACUGCAACCGUUCUUUGGCGGACACCAAGCGGGCUUUGCAGGAGGCUGAACAUGAGCUGGCAACGCUAGAUGGCAUUAACGGCGAGCUGCGUGACAAGAUUAAACCGCUCGAGGCUGAGAAGGGUGAACUCAAGCGGGUCCUGGACGAGGCCAACCAGAGAAUAAGCAUUCUGGACGGCGCGCAGGAGAGCUCGGCCAAACAGAGCCACGAGCUGCGCACCCAGCUGCGCGACCUGGAGCGGCAGGACGCCAACGACACGCACAAGAACGACAUCCACAACCUGCAGGUCCAGAUGCGGGACCUGGAGGCGGUGCGAGAGGGCCUGCAGAAGCAGCUGGCCGAGUGCCGCGCCACCGGUCACCGGCUCGAGGAGGACAAGGAGAACCUCGAGAUCCGACUGAGCGCCUCCAGCCAGGAGGCCACCGACCUCAAGGUUUAG